AUGAAACCGAUAGUGGACUAUUCCCUCUACCUCGUAACAGAUAGCGAGCUUCUUGGGGUAGGCUCCAUAGGUGAAAUGGUAAAGGAAGCUAUUGCUGGAGGAGUGACACUAGUCCAGCUCCGUGAAAAGAAGAUGGAUACUGGUGCCUUUAUUGAAUUGGCUCGCUCCAUCAAGGCCAUUUGCAAGGAAGCUGGUGUUCCAUUGUUGAUCAACGAUAGAAUUGAUGUGGCUCUCGCAAUUGAUGCCGAUGGAGUACAUAUUGGGCAGGAUGAUAUGCCUUUGACUGCUGUACGAAAAUUAUUGGGACCUGACAAGAUUAUUGGUGUUACUGCUGAGACUCCAGCACAAGCACUCGAAGCUGCCCGAAACUCGGCAGACUACUUGGGCACCGCCGCAAUCUUCCCAACCGUCACAAAAAUCCACAAGCCAGGCUUUCAAUGCCUCGGAAUUCCAGGUGUAAAAGCCAUCAUGGAGCAAGUCAAAGAACUCAAUAUCCCCAUUGUAACCAUUGGAGGUAUCAAAAUCGAUAAUGUCGGUGAAGUCAUGCGUGGAUGUAUCGUUACCCGUGCUGAUGGAACCCAAGUAAAGUUGAAUGGAGUAGCAGUUGUAUCUGCUAUUACCUUACAACAGGAUCCCAAAGCUGCUGCUGCCGCGCUGUUGGCACAAGUCAAGCCUAAUGCUGCUGGCAUUUAUUCGCAGCCCAGUACGAGUGAGACGGACAAGUUUAUUUUGAAGAUUGGGGAGGCUUUUAAGAAUUUGAGGGAGAAGAAGCCGCUGGUUCAUAAUAUUACGAAUUUUGUUGCUAUGGAGAUCUCAGCUAACGCAGUCUUGGCUAUUGGUGGACUACCUGUCAUGGCCCACUGCUUGGAGGAGGCAGCAGACAUCACCAAGAUCUCGAAUGCCCUCGUAAUCAAUAUUGGAACAUUGUCUCCACAAUGGAUUGAGAGCAUGCAUGCAGCAGCAAAGCAGGCAAACGAGAUGUCCAUCCCCAUCGUACUAGACCCCGUGGGAGCUGGCGCAACUCCCUUCCGUACCAAAACCUGCCUGGAUUUAAUCACGACUCAUAGGCUCAGUAUCAUCAAAGGAAACGCAGGAGAAAUAGCUGCGAUUACAGGGGACAUACCAGGACUGCAAGUCCGUGGUGUGGAAUCUGUAGGAACACUAGCAAAUCCAGGACUAGUUGCGAAAAUACUAUCAAAGCGAUCUGGAGCUGUCAUAGCUAUAUCUGGAGCUGUCGAUACAAUCAGUGAUGGGACUAGAGUAGUGCAAGUACGUAAUGGGUCGCAUUGGAUGGGAACGUUUACUGGUAGUGGAUGUUCCGCGACGGCUGUCACUGCUUGUUUUGCUGCGGUCGAGCCUGAUCGUGUAGUGGCAGCCGUCAGCGCUUUGGUAGCAUAUGGUAUCGCAGGAGAGUUGGCUGAUACGAAGGGAGUUGCGGGUCCUCAAAGCUUUCGCAUGUCUUUUUUGGACGCGAUUUACAACCUCACUGUUGAUAAAGUUUUAAGAAAUGCCAAAAUUGAGCUCAUUGAAUAA